CAACUAUAUUUUUGCAAUGCUUAGCAAUGAUUUAGUCGAGCUUCACGACGAGAACUGAACGGUUGAUUGACUCGCACUGUGUAAUCUACGAGUCAUAUAAUAAAAAAUAAACUGAAGAAAGCUACACACAAACACACUAAUACUGACAUUGAUAGUUGCAUUUAAUUCAAGUUGAACACGAUGAAUACGUUGGCAUUGCUUGCAUUUGCCGUGUGUGCAAUAUUUUUACGCUACUUGCCCCACAUUUUGCGGUUCAUGCAACUGCAACGUUUUAGCAAAACAUUGCCGGGUCCGAGUGUGGGUGAACUGAUUGCCAAUGUGAAAAAAGGGGAAAUUCUCAAUUGGUUGAAGGAGCUGCGUUUGCGUCAUGGUCCUGUUUUUCGCAUUUGGUUUGGCAAGGAUCUCAUGGUGUUCUUCACCAAGCCGGAGGACAUUAAGCAGCUGUUGAGCAACAAUGCAUUGCUCUACAAAUCGAGAAACUAUGAGCUGGUGGAGCCCUGGCUGGGCAAGGGUCUGCUCACAAAUGGCGGCGAGUCCUGGCAUCGCAGACGUAAGCUGCUGACACCUGGAUUCCAUUUUCGCAUACUCGGUGAGUUCAAGGAGCCGAUGGAGGAGAAUUGCCGCAUAUUGGUCAACCGUUUAAAGGAGCAUGCGGAUGGCAAACCCUUUGACAUAUAUCCCUAUAUCACACUCUUUGCCCUGGACGCCAUUUGUGAGACGGCGAUGGGCAUCAAGAAGCACGCUCAAAUGCAGAGCGACUCGGAGUAUGUGCGGGCCGUGCAGACGAUUUGCCGCAUUCUGCACAAGCAGAGCUUCUCCUUCUGGCAGCGUUUCAACGUGCUCUUCAAUCUCUCCGAGGCGGGUCGUGUUCGCAACGCGGCGUUGCAAGUGUUGCACGAGGAAACCUAUCGGGUGAUCAACAUGCGACGCAAGCAGCUGCAGCAGGCGCAGGCAGAGCAGCUGGCAGAGCAGAAGGAUCAGCAGCAGGAUAAUGAUGUCGGUGGCAAGCGUCGUCUGGCCUUUUUGGACAUGUUGCUGCUGUCCCAGAUGGAGGGUGGCUCCGAUUUGAGCGAUGUCGAUAUACGCGAGGAGGUGGACACAUUUAUGUUCGAGGGUCAUGACACAACCAGUUCGGCAAUUGCAUUUGCCAUCAGUUUGCUAUCGAAGCAUGCCGAGGUGCAGCAGCGUGUCUACGAGGAGGCCAUCGAGCUGGAGGGCAGGGAAAAGGAAUCGAUGCCAUAUCUGGAGGCAGUGAUCAAGGAAACACUGCGUCUCUAUCCAUCCGUGCCAUUCUUCUCACGCAAAGUGGCCGAAGAUUUAAAUGUGGGCAAACUGACAAUACCGAAAGGUGCCGCCGUCAGUUGUCUCAUCUAUAUGCUGCAUCGUGAUCCCGAUAGUUUUCCCGAUCCCGAACGCUUUGAUCCCGAUCGUUUCUAUCUCAACGAACAGCAAUUGCAUCCAUUUGCAUUUGCCGCUUUCAGUGCCGGACCCAGAAAUUGCAUUGGUCAAAAGUUUGCCAUGUUGGAGCUGAAGAGUUCAUUGUCCAUGUUGUUGCGCCAUUAUCAGUUCCUGCCAGUUGCGGGUCAUCAGCCCAAUCCCCUCGCCGAGCUGGUCAUGAAGAGCGGCAAUGGCGUUCGAGUCUGCAUUAAGCCACGCUCCACAGCCAACUAAUCUACCCUCUUCUCCACUCACUCCUCGAAUCUUUGGCAGCAGCGGACAAAUCAUAGAUCAUUUAUCUACCAUAACUCAUUAUAAUUAUAAUAUAAUUAUUUUUUUUUUAUAAAUAAUUUUUGUACGCUAAGUAAGCUAAAUAAACCAAUUAUAAAAUCUAUUUCGACUACUAAA